CCUCGCCCGACGCCCCGGCAACCCGCCGCCGGCCUCGGCCGCUCUGUCCGCAGGGAGGACCUGUGGGUGCGCGGGGGCCGCGUCGUGGACCCCGAGAAGCUGUUCUUUGACGAGCGGCGCGUGGCCGACGAGCAGCGGGACUGCGGAGGCCGCAUCCUGGCGCCCGGCUUCAUCGACGUGCAGAUCAACGGUGGAUUUGGUGUGGACUUCUCCAAGGCCACGGAGGACGUGGGCUCCGGGGUGGCCCUGGUGGCCCGGAGGCUCCUGUCCCACGGCGUCACGUCCUUCUGCCCCACGCUGAUCACGUCCCCGCCAGAGAUUUACCACAAGGUCCUUCCUCAGAUCCCCGUGAAGAGUGGAGGCCCCCAUGGGGCUGGCGUCCUCGCAGGGGUGCACCUGGAGGGCCCCUUCAUCAGCCGGGAGAAGCGAGGGGCACACCCCGAGGCCCACCUCCGCUCGUUUGAGGCGAAUGCUUUCCACGAUGUCCUGGCCACCUACGGGCCCCUGGACAAUGUCCGAAUCGUGACGCUGGCCCCGGAGCUGGGCCGCAGCCAUGAGGUCAUCCAGGCCCUCACCGCCCGGGGCAUCUGCGUGUCCGUAGGCCACUCGGUGGCUGACCUGCAGGCUGCGGAGCAGGCGGUGCGCAGCGGGGCCUCCUUCAUCACUCACCUCUUCAACGCCAUGCUGCCUUUCCACCACCGGGACCCCGGCAUUGUGGGGCUCCUGACCAGUGAUCAGCUGCCCCCCGGCCGCUGCAUCUUCUACGGGAUGAUUGCCGACGGCAUCCACACGAACGCGGCCGCCCUGCGCAUCGCCCACCGGGCGCACCCCCAGGGGCUGGUGCUGGUCACCGACGCCGUCCCUGCCUUGGGCCUGGGCAAUGGCCGCCACACACUGGGGCAGCAGGAGGUGGAGGUGGAUGGGCUGAUGGCCCACGUGGCAGGUACCAAGACCCUGUGUGGCAGCAUCGCCCCCAUGGACGUGUGUGUCCGCUAUUUCCUGCAGGCCACAGGCUGCAGCGUGGAGACAGCGCUGGAGGCCGCAUCCCUGCACCCUGCCCAGCUGCUGGGCCUGGACAAGCACAAGGGGAGCCUGGAGUUCGGUGCUGAUGCAGACUUCGUGGUGCUCGACGAGGCCCUCUGUGUCCAGGCCACGUACAUCUCAGGAGAGCUGGUGUGGCAGGCGGAAGACGCCAGGCCGUGACAGAGGGCCCUGGCUGGUGUGGCCCCAGUUGGAUGCUGGCAGCUGGCAGGGUGGGUGCCGGGGAGCUGGUCUCCAGCCCUGCCCUGGUCUGCAGCCACCCCCGGGGGGCAGCGGCGCGGAUAAACAUGCAGCCAGCAGGACUUGC